AUGUCUCUUCCUGCUGGACGAGCCCCUCCGCCCCCAACGAUCGAGACCAACAGCGUUUCAAAGGAGGUCAUUCGUUAUGGCGUCAAGGCGUUCGUCACGGUUUCGGCCGAAGACGCCUGGAUCUUCGACGCUUUUUGGGUGUCCGUUGGCAACCGACAACACGCGAUUGCCAAUCGCAAGGGCAAAGAACGUAUGGUGAAAGACCUUCAUCGGUUGGUCUUCACCGACCCGGUGCCUAAAGGCAUGGUGGUUGAUCAUAUAGAUCAAAACCCUUUGAACAACGUCAGGUCGAACUUGCGAGCCGUCUCCCUGUCGGACAAUGCGAUGAACGCAACCCUCAAGAAGAGGCCGAAGUCAGGCUACCGCGGAGUCUGGAAGAACGGUAACAAGUUUACGGCGGAGGCCCGGGGUAAGAAAAUUGGUAGUGGGUUUCCCAGCGCAAAGGCGGCCAAGGCCUUUCGCAUUAGGGCCCUGCGUCAGGAAGGUGCGGAUGCGAUGGCAGACAUGGAGACGGAGGUCGAGCUGUCUGUGAGUGAUGAGGAGUUUCUCAGUGGAUUCAAGAAAAAGACGUAUGCCUCCAAGGGCCAAGGCCAUGUCAAGCGGGCAAACGGGGUUUUCUACCCCAUGCUCCGUGGCAAGAGGCUUGGUCGGUGCACGACGGAAGAGGAGGCUCGCGAAAAGAUUCGACAGGCGGAAAGGCUGCGGAAGCAGGCAGAGGCUAAGGAGGCAGCGGACGUAGUCAUUCCUCGCACUGCCGAAGGAGUUGCCUUCCUAACCGAUAAGAACGGCGAAAAAAUUUUGGUGGACGACGACAUCUACAUGCAGUUUCGUAAGAAUCCCAUCUACUAUAGGGGUGACGGCUAUCCGGUCGUCUUGGACAAGCCACUGCAUCUGCUCGUCUGCCCGCGUCAGCCCGAACACCAGUGUGUUGACCAUAUCAACGGCAACAGACUGGAUGCUCGGCGCUCCAACCUGCGCAGUACUACUUACGCCAUCAACAACCGCAACCAAAAGCCUACGAGUGCCACGGGCUACCUCGGUGUUGUUUUUGAUACCAACCACCCAGGCAAAUUCAAGGCCGUCGUCACCGACUCAAGGGUCAAUCCACCUGCUCAUUACACUCGACUCUUUGACCAUGCUGCCGACGCGUCGCGCUGGCGCCAGAAGAUGAUGUUGGAAAUCUAUCCCGAAGAUCAAGUCGUGGCCUCAGGCUCUGCGAGCCAGUAG